AGUAGUCCGAGUUAAGUGAUCGGGCAACAAACUCUCCACCCCCAACUGUACUGCUUUCCUAGAAAAAGGAGAACAUUUCGGGGUAUCAUUCUACUCAUAUACAGCUUAUUUAUAAAGGAGACGAUUAUCUAUUCAGAGAUACCCGGGUAUUAAGUAAGUGGGUCUGAAUGAGGAAAAAGGCUGGCGGGGCUGAGCUGCACUGUUGUGGAUGUGAAAAAUGGAUCACAGCGCAACAGCGCGGUGCAUUUAGUUUCGGGAAUGCGGGAUUCGCUAAUGCGAUAUACGAGGGGAGAGAGUGUAAACGGGUCGCCUCCCAUCGCUCCUCUUCCUGCGUCGAUUCAGUACCAAGCCCGGUGCAGUGAGCAGAAGGAGGAAUUGCUGCUUGUUUAGUUGCUUGCUCUGGAAAACAUUGCAUAUGCAGCAGCAGCUGCAAGUCGUGUUCAUACAAGGAAAGCAGUCUGCAGAAUGUUUCAGACAAACUAGGAUAAGCGAUUAAUGUUAUAUCACUCGUUCAAACAGGAUAUGUAAACAAUGUGAAACUGCGAGGCGCUGUGCAAUGUGCAAGGACGUUCUCCACAGUUUUACAGGAAUAUGUUGUGAUAUAUCUACCGCAUGUAUACCUGUGUGCACAAACUCAGCGGCGAAUACAGCUACCAGCACAGCCAGGUUGCAGGCGAAGAGACUUAUUGCACAGCCACUGCAGCAUCUCCGGCAGUGGCUGGAACAGCUGGCCGUGAGAGCAGGACUGGGAAGGACUUUGGAGAAUGAAGCCUUCUAGGAACGAUGCCACUGGAGCUGCUUUUCCUGGCACGUGUAGGAUCCUCUGAUUGCAAGAAACACGAGUGUGACGGAGUGACUCAGAGUCCAAUUCUCUGACUGACUGCAGUCCCACAGAUUGGCAAUUUACUUGGAAAAUGGCUACAAAGUCCAGGACAAUCACUAAAGUGCUUCUCGUCUUCAAGAUCACUUAAGAGUUUUGAGGAUUAUCCUCGCCGUCGUGGAAAGUGGGCACCCUGGAGAAACCCAUGCAGGCUCGGAAGAAAUACAUCCUUCUAGCUUUCUGUGCCUCCUGGCUCCUGGUGUUCUACUUUGGAGGGGCCCAGAUCCGACUCCUGAACUAUGUGUCGCGGAGGAAGAACGAGGAGGUGAGACCCUGGCCCCUGUGGGUAGACAGGCAUGCCCUGCAGGGCUACGCUCCUCUCCAUGAACUCCAGAACGACGGGGCUCCCCAGCAGGGCUCCCCGAAAUCCAAAAGCGAGACCAGGACCAACAUCUACAAGAACAGCAGGUGCCGGAUGGAAACCUGCUUUGAUUUCUCCAAAUGCGAAAAGUUCGGAUUCAAAGUGUACGUCUACCCCUUGGAGAAAGGGGACCGCGUGUCGGAGAGCUAUCAGAAGAUCAUCACCUCCAUCGUGGAGUCCAGAUACUACACGCCCAACCCCCAGGAGGCCUGCUUGUUCGUCCUGAACAUCGACACGCUGGACCGGGACCAGCUGUCCGUGCAGUACGUCCACAACGUCAACGAAAGAAUACGAGGUUUCCCUCUGUGGAACGAUGGGAGAAACCAUCUCAUUUUUAACCUGUACUCAGGCACGUGGCCCAACUACACCGAGGACCUUGGGCUUGACUUGGGGCAGGCCAUUCUUGCCAAGGCCAGCUUCUAUGUGGAACACUUUAGGCCGGGGUUUGAUAUUUCCAUCCCCCUGUUUUCCAAAGAGCAUCCCCAGAAAGGUGGGGAGAGGGGCUGGCUUGUCUAUAACAACGUCCCCCCUCGUCGAAAAUAUCUGCUAGUUUUUAAAGGGAAGCGGUACCUGACCGGGAUUGGGUCAGACACCAGGAAUGCCUUACACCACAUCCACAAUGGGAAGGAUAUUAUUUCCCUCACCACCUGCAAGCACGGGAAGGACUGGGAGAAGCACAAAGACAGCCGGUGUGACUGGGACAAUAAAGAAUACGAACAGUACGACUACCAGGAGCUCCUGCACAACUCCUCCUUCUGCCUGGUCCCCAGAGGGAGGCGGCUGGGGUCCUUUCGCUUCCUCGAGUCCCUGCAGGUAAGCCUGCUGCUCAGUGCUGUGUCACAGCCAUCGCCGAUACAAUAA